GAGGUGACAGCCAAUCAUCGCGCGGCGUUUGAUCAUCCUCGAGUGCGCGCACCAGCACCGCGCACAUAACGCGAGGAUCGCAGCGAGCGUCGCGUCGCGCAUCUCGUUCCCGCGGAUGUCUACUGUAAACACCGACAGAAAGAAGAACACGACAGAGGCGUCAUUCAGCUGCAUCAAGAAGAACGAAGAGCAAAUUAAAGCGAACGACGCAGACGUGGGGUCGAGGCACUGGAGGAGCAACAGAGGGCAAAGCAACAUGGAGGAGUUCAAAGUCCAGACCGCCAAACACACCGUACCCAACAGUUCACCCAUGCGUCCGCACAGCGAGCACCCGAAGGAUCACGCGGCCAAACGCCUGUCCUCCGCCUCCAACGGCACGAGCGACGGAGGAGCGGGAGCUAAAACACCUGUGGAGAUCACCGCGCUGGAGGAGUCCUUCCGCCGCUUCGCCAUCCACGGAGACACACGAGCCACCGGCAGAGACAUGAACGGCAAGAACUGGUCCAAACUGUGUAAAGACUGCGGCGUCAUCGAUGGCAAGGGCAUCACCCUCACAGACGUGGACAUAGUCUUCUCCAAAGUCAAGAACAAAUCUGCACGCACGAUUACAUACAGCCAGUUUAAAGAAGCGCUGGCGGAGCUGGCCGGGAAACGCUUCAAAGAUAAGAGCAGCGAGGACGCCGCGCAAGAGCUUUACAAGAUGAUCGAAGGGAAGUCGCCCGUUAUAGCUGGAGUCACGAGAGCUGUGGCUUCCCCGACCGUGUCCCGUUUAACGGACACCACCAAGUUCACCGGAUCGCACAAGGAGCGUUUUGACGAGACGGGCCGCGGGAAGGGCAAGGCGGGGCGAGUGGAAGUGGUGGACACGUCCGGAUACGUGUCUGGAUACAAGCACGCAGGAUCAUACGAGAAGAAAGUUCAAAAACCUCCUCAAAAACCCAUGUGAGAUUCUCCGUCCAGCAAACGGAGUCUAUAAAGCACAAACAGAUCCCGUUGUUCUGUGAAUAACAUUGAGUUUGUUCCUCUUCCUAUAAGUGUUUUAUUUCUAACUGGAACGCUGUUUACAUCA